GUUACCUUAAGAGCAGCUCUCUCCAUAGCAACUGAAAACUUUUCAAGGCCUCAGUAAACUAAUCCUCUCCAGUUCCCAGUGCACCAUCAAGGAAUUUUAAAAACAUAGGACUUUGCAGCCGUGAAAUACGUUCAGGGAUUCAAAGGCCGCAAAGCUCCAGAUACAUUAUCAUUUAUCUUCUUACUAAAGCACAGAAAUUCCUCAGGUUUCAAGUUUAAAUUGUGAACUUCAGUCUGCAGAUCACCAUCCAAGAGAGAAUUGUGCUCCAGUGUGGGGCAGAAAUGCAUUUAAGGACAAAGCAUCCCCUGUGGGGGGUAGUAUCCUUCUUUCUACUCCCCAUUGUUGUUCCGGAAAUUCUGCAAGAGAAUCCCACAGCCUCUGACGGUCUCCAUCCUCAGAGCCCAGGUCAGCUAAUGGAAGUGUUACACGUUCUCUCAAGUGAGAACUACACCCGCUCGCAGAACUACUCCAGAAGACUCAUCCAGACCUUACUGGAGAAAACUGGGUGCCCUCAUCGGAUUCAUGGGAUGCAAGAGGAUUGCAAUCUGUGUUUGGAACCAGACGCCCUGUUACUCAUAGCUGGAGGAGAUUUUGAAGAUCAUCUGAGUGAAGAAGUAUUUCAGAGAAUUUCCCUCCUCCUUCUGUAUUACAUAAUUCAUCAGGAAGAGAUCUGUGCCUCCAAACUCAAUCUGAGCAGUAAAGACUAUCAGUUUUACUUGCACAGUUUACUUAGCUUAAGGCAGGAUGAGGACUGUUACUCAUUUUCCCAGAAUGAGACAGAAGACAUCUUGGCUUCCGUAAGGCAGCAUUUUAACACGUCCAGAAGCCAGUGUGUGGAGACCAAAAUUCUACAACAGAAAUCUGGAAUAAUAAGCAAUAAUGGUGCUGACGAGAACACCCUUCCUCGGCUAGCUGCUACCAUCAUUUCUUUGUCCCUUCAAGGAGUCUGUCUGGGCCAAAGAAGCUUGCCCUCCCCAGAUUAUUUUAUGGAAUACAUUUUCAGUUCUCUGAAUAGUACCAACACUCUCCACCUACCAGAAAUAGACCAACUUCUCAAUGUUCUUUGGACCAAAAGUCCCUGCAACAAAAGAGAACAAACAUUCCCGAACAAAAGGAGAUGGAGAAACUUGACCACUCAAGACUGGGCCUCUCUCAAUCUUUCAGCUUCUGCUGGCCUGGAUGGAGACCCAAAUGACGAUACUGCAGCCUGGGACCAGGCUUGCUUCUCUGCCAAGGAACUUGUGGAGAUAUUUUUACCAAACAGCCAUUCUCCUAUUUCUAAGGAGCACUUCCAGCAAAUCAGCCCAGCGAUCAUUCAACAGCUACUCAGUUGCUCUUGCCAGCUCACAAAAUACCAGCAAACCAAGCUGCCACCAACAGCUCUAGAAAAAUAUGGCUACAGUACUGCUGCUGUUUUACUCAUCACGCUGGGUUCUAUGUUUGGAACAACUCAUCUUUUCAGCAACUGUGAGGAAAACUACAAACUCGUUUUACAACUCUUUGUGGGUUUAGCUGUUGGAACCCUUUCUGGUGAUGCCCUGCUCCAUCUGAUUCCUCAGAUUCUUGGCUUACAUAAGCAGGAAGCACAAGAGUUGGGACAUUUCCAUGAAGGGAAAGAAUAUAUUUGGAAACUAUUGGGAUUAAUUGGAGGAAUCCAUGGAUUUUUUCUGAUAGAAAAAUGUUUCCUACUUUUCAUAUCACCAAAUACCAAGGGCCUAUCCCUAGUUAACGGGCAUGUGGGACAUUCCCAUGAGCUUGCAACGGACACUGACUUAAAUGACCAAUCAAUCAGAGACAAAUCCACUUCAACUAUCCAGUUGAAAAGCUCCGAAGAUUCAGACACAGCUGAAAUUCCAAUAGAUAGUAUGACUGCCUCGAAUAGAAAGCGUAAAGCCAUUAGUCUUUUAGCUGUUAUGAUACUGGUUGGUGACAGCCUUCAUAAUUUUGCUGAUGGUCUUGUGAUCGGAGCUGCCUUCUCAUCUUCCACUGAGUCGGGGGUGACAACAACCAUUGCCAUCCUGUGCCAUGAAAUUCCACAUGAAAUGGGAGAUUUUGCUGUACUGUUAAGUUCUGGACUUGCUGUCAAAAUCGCCAUCUUAAUGAAUUUUAUAAGCGCCCUCACUGCUUUCAUAGGACUUUACAUUGGCCUUUCGGUCUCCACCGACCCCUGUAUUCAAAACUGGAUUUUAACAGUCACUGCUGGGAUGUUCCUUUAUUUAUCAUUAGUGGAAAUGCUUCCUGAAAUGACUCACGUUCAAACUCAGCGACCCUGGUUGGUGUUCCUCCUGCAGAACUUUGGACUGAUACUCGGUUGGCUUUCCCUUUUAAUGCUGGCUAUAUAUGAGCAUAACAUUAAAAUAUAAAGUCUUUGCUGGGAUCCUCAAAGUUCCUUUAAAAUUAAUUUCUUUGGCCUUGUUUCAUCAUUUUCUAUGCACUAUAUAGUAAUGUGUAAAUGAAUUUUUUGUGUCUUAGGUAAAAAUAAGCCAUCAUUUCCUUUUAUUAACUUAUUCAGAUUUUGCACUAUGGUAUUGUAUUCUGAUGAACAUGAAGGUUAAGACUUAGUCUUAUGUGGAUGUUUUUUAGUUUCCCAAACUGUUCAAACUCAUAGUAUUUUGAAGGUAGGAACUACUGAAUUCAUUCUAAGAAAUUGCCCUGAUACUCUGCCCCUAUAAUAAAGAAUGUCUAUAGUUAUUGAACUGUCUAUAUAGUUUUCAGAUAUAUAUAUAUAUAUAUACAUACAUAAAUAUAUACAUACAUAUAUAAAACAUACACACAUAUAUGUAUAUCUACUGCAACAUCUUUAGUGUAAAAAAGUCUUUCUAAGAAACUACAAAUUAUAACCACACUCAAUUUUAUAGGAAUGCAAUAAAAUCUGGUUUAACAUGAUAGCAAUGUGUAUUCUCUUCUGCUCCUCUUGAGAGUUUUCCUAUCAUCUUUUACUAGGUCUGGGUAACACAAGAAAAAAGAAAGUACUACGUUUCAGCUCAUUCGUUUUUAUAAAUGCAUAAUCUCUAAAAGCCUAAAUGUCCCUGUAUGUCAGCGGUCUGCUAUGUAUUCAGCAAAUGAAAUCUGUUCCAGACUGCAAUCAAAAGAUGAAGUUCAAAAAUAAAACUAAAUCUUCCAUCAUGAAGCAGCUUAACUGAUCAAGUCCCACGGACUGUAGCAGAAGACAUUUAUGAUCAAGCUCUUACUGGCAGACACUAAAUAUGUUUCACGUGAUUACUCAUGCUAUAUGAGCCCAGCAUAAUGAGGGCAAUGGAUAUGUAAUAAGAUGGUGAUGUGCCCCUACAAUAACAGCUGAAUGGCUAGCAGUGCUAGUCAUAACAGCCAAAACUCCAGUUGAUAUGUAAUCCCAUCAGUUUUGGUAGUCUCGUUAACAAUGUGGAUGACCACCCAUUCAUUCCUGCCAUUCCUGGUUGAUUCAUAUACGUGUCCUUCCAUAAAUCUGCCACACUAUUUCCCUACAAGGUGCUGUCACCCUUCUUAAGUUCUCUUGACAU